AUGAGACGAUCCAAUAUGGGAAUUGCAACAUCUACGACUCGGGCGAUUAUUCGACCAUUGGUUUCGGAGCCGUCGCUUAGCUAUAAGAGAAAUAUCUACUCGGAUUUAGAGUUUAAAGAGUAUUUCGACUGGUCUAAUAUGAAGCAAUUGCUCAUAUCUUUACUUCAUUCCUUUGUUUCAAACUAUAGCAAGCUGAUUUUUUCUCAACCGCUCGAGAUUUCAAAGCUUUUGUUGCAAGUGGGUUCGUUUAGCAGGUCACGUCAUUCUUUGUUGAAGAGUUCCAUUAAUGAUACUGGAGAAUCUGACACCGAUUCUGAUGGUGCCUCGCAAUAUUUCGAGAGGGUAGACCCCCCGGAGAAAACUCCGGCUCCGGCAUCACCUCUACGUAACUCGCAGAUUGAAAGGUCUCCGAGAGUUUCUAGACAUGCUCCAAUUUCUUCUGGACCAUCUGUUAAACGCAGGUCCGUGUCUGUAGUUCCAUCCAAUCGAAUAGAACCAGACUCUCUUUAUACGUUUGACGUCAUCUCCAGCUUGAUAUCCCGAGAAGGUCCAAGGGGUAUUUUGAAAGCAAUCAAUACUUCAUUCCUAGUGAAUACUCUCCAAUAUACCAUUCAAUCAUGGAUCAGCGGCUUUGUCUCGGGAUUGUUAGGCAUUCCAGAUCCUCUUUUUGUCGAAAUCAGCCAUUCUCCGAACGCUAAUCUCAGCCUUGGGCUCAGUGUUUUCAGUCAUGUUAUCACAAGUAUGAUACUUUCACAAAUUGCUUUGAUAAGGAUGAAAUUUAUAGUGUCUACAUCCACCAGAGGAGUUCGCUCGUUUCGGGAAAUUAUGGGUAAGCUGCCCCGGUUCUCUCUAUUCAGGAUACCGUCAGACUUACUACUCCCAAGCUUUAUAACAAACCUCGUGAGGGCAUUGGCUUAUCACUAUCCAGACUACUUGCUUACAUGGACGUUGCAGAUUAGUAAGUAUAACAAUCCGUACGUUUACAGUGCGUUCUCUUUGAUUCUCCGGAUCUUCGGCCUAUUUAUUAAGCUUCCGUUCGAGACUUUGUAUAGCCGUGCACAGGUCCAUUAUCUCUUAUACAGCGAGAAGAUUCCAGCCGUAAUGAGGGUGAAAGAGGAUGAUAUGUGUGUGAAAUUUGGAGGCUACUAUGGCUACUUGUCCACGCUAUACUAUAUUGUGGCUGGAACAAGACCCGUUGACUAUGGAAAGGACAUCAAUUUGGAAGUAGAAGACUCAGACGAUCUCAACAAAGGGUUUGGUGCCAUUUUCAGAGGCUGGCAAAUUGGAUUGGUGCGGCUGGCUUCCCGGUUUACACUCAACUUGUUGGCUAACGAGGCCGAUGACAGUAGCCUAACAGAGGAGCAGCUAUAA